AUGAACCUUAAUGUACUCUCUAUACAUGCUGCUUAUCUGCUUCUAGACGGCGACGCUGUUGGAGAGACUAAUGACAGAUUCAAUCGCUCAGGUGGCUAUCCCGACAAAAGUCACGAUGGAUCUCGUGACUAUCGGGGCCGAAGUGGACGUGGUGGUUUUCGUGGCAGAGGUGAUAGAGGUGGAUUUGGACGUGGACGUGGACGUGGACGCGGGCGAGGUGGAGGACGACAUGAUGGUGAUUUUUGA